UAGGGGGCGAACAAAAAGUACCUGGAACAAUUGUAAUUAAUUACGGAGGUGGCCCAGAACUAAAAUAACCAAGCAGUGCAAGUAUAGGUACUAGAGUUGAUCGGCAACUUCCAAGUUUCGAGAUAAUCAUAGAAUGCAUUUGCUACUAUUUGCUGUUGUGUUGGCUAUAACACAUCAAGGACACUGCUUCACAGACUUCAGACAAGACUGGGACAGUAUUUUGUACGUCAGACCAGACAAUGGAUCGAACACGACAUGCCCAAGGCAACCAUGCAAGACAUUGAACCAAUAUGCAAAUGUAAGUCAUUUGAGCAAUACAUGGUUCAUGUUCAUGCCAGGAUUGCACACUCUGAGUUUAAACUUUCAAAUUGCCAAUCUUGUGAGCAUCACAUUAUUCAGUGCAGCAGAAAAAACAGCACACAUUCAUUGUACAGUAGCAGCGGGAUUUAUUUUUCAGAACAUAGCUACUCUCACAAUUAGAAACCUUGCCAUCUCAUCAUGUGGACAAAAAAUAUCAGACAAAAGUUUUUUUAGUCAUUUUAGUUUAAUCUCCUUUCAAGCGGCGGUCGCUCUGAAGGAUGUGACUGCUCUAACAAUGCAAUCAAUAACCAUUCGCGACAGUAAUGGAUACGGGAUAGCUGCUGCGGGACUGUAUGGAUACUCAACAAUGAAGGACUGCCUACUGGUGAACAACACUGGUAGGGAUGAUCACAACGACAGGUAUGUCGGAGGUAAUUUUGUAUUAAAGUACGAAGACUGUCCACUGGAACACACUCAGGAGCACAUACAAGUGAAAAUUAGUAGUUCAAGCUUUUUGAAUGGAAAUGCGAGUUUAUUUCCUCGAAAAGAGAGUUUUGAUAUUUUAUCUCAAAUCAGAGCUACCGGAAUUUCGGUGUUACUAUCCUGUACAAACAUUAGCAUUGUCCUGACUAACGUAACAUUAUAUUCCAAUGAAGCAUAUAGCUACACAAGCAAAGGAGGCAAUCUUUAUAUCCUAUUCGAAAGUGACAUAGACUACAUUAGCAAUAGCAUACUGGUGGAAAAUAGCAGAAUUGAAAAUGGGAAUGCUCUUUUGGGAGGGGGUGCUUACAUUGUUGCUAAAACACCAACAACAAAUAAGGGGAAGUACAGACACGAGCGGUGUGAAAACACAAAUGCUAUUAUGUUCAGAAAAACCAUUUUCAAUAGCAACAUAGGUCAACUAAGAGGAGGUGCAAUGUAUUUACUGUUUCAUGAAACUAAAUCGGAGGAGUCUUGUCCCAAUUUAUCCAUUGAAAUUGACAAUUGUAAUUUCACAAACAACAUACUAAAUGCUUCUAAUGCUGAUAGUGGAGUGGCAAUCAACAUAUACAACUAUCAAAUUAAUGGGGUACAAGUAUCUUCUUUUCCACACUAUAAAGUGAAUAUUACAAGGUGUAGCUUCAGUAAUAACAAGCUAGUGAUGACUCACAGAGCUAAUACUCAAGAUUUAAUUGCAGGAGGAGCAACUGUUUACAUUAGUAAACAGAAAAGAGAAACAUUUAUCAGUGACUCUAGCUUUGUAAACAACAGCAUAACGGCCAUUUCUGCUUUUAAUUCUAUUAUAGUGUUUAGUGGCAAUGUGACCAUAACAAAUAAUACAGGCCUUGACGGUGGGGGCCUAGUUCUCUGCCAGAGUUCGUACAUUUUGUUCACCUCAAAUACCACAUUGACAUUUGAAAAUAACAAUGCUACUUUAUCUGGAGGAGGCAUAUACGCAGAAGAUCAGUGUUUACAAUCUAAGCCACUGUGUUUUUACCAAGUGUACAAUGACAAUAAUUCGUUAACUACAGCUCAAAAGAUCUCAAUAUUGGACACUAUUCACGUGGUAAUGGUUAACAACACAGCUGGGUACGCUGGAAGUCAGAUAUUCGGAGGGUUUAUGGAUCAAUGCUAUACAACAUUUAUCAAGAACAGUACAAAUGACUACAUGUACAACAAGAUUUUCGAUGAAUCGUUGUGGCAUUGGAACAAUACAUUCGAUCAAUCCUAUGUGACUUCUUUUCCAAAACAUAUUUGCUUUUGUGAGAACAAUUCGAAGAUUUGUGGAACUCAAUUUGUUGAUAAAACCAUGUAUCCCGGUCAAACAUUUACAGUGUCUCUAGUUGCUGUGGGACAAUUUAACCAUCCAGUUCCAGCUACUAUUAUCGUGACCAGCAUCUCAAGAGGGAAACCUUACCACCGUACUAUCAAAGCUAAAUGCACCACAUUAACACUGAAAGUGCUAUCAGGACAAAAUAUUACAGGAGAAGAUAAAGUGGUUAUUCUCAUAGAAUCUGAUACUGGGACUCUAGGAGGAAAAUAUUUACGAUGGAUAAACAUAAAAUAUCGAAACUGUCCAUUGGGAACUAUAUUAAACAAAACAACUGGCUUUUGUUAUUGGUCUGCUGGAGACAGUACUUAUAAUGCUAGUGAUCAAACUAUUCGAAAACCAGGCUUAACAUGGAUAGGUUACCAUAAUGACACUGAUACUGACUCCAAAAUUGGAAAUGGUUUCAUAAAGUUUUUAUACUGUCCCCAGCUCUAUUGUGACUAUAAUGUAACAUCUAUAAACAUCAGUCAUUCAGAAACAUUCAAUCAGGAUCGACUUUUUGAUCAGCAAUGUCGCGAACACAGACACGGCAUUUUGUGUGGAGCAUGUAAGAAGCCAUACAGCUCGGCCAUAAGUUCAACCAAGUGUGUCCGGUGUUCAGACAAUAGCAUUAUAUACCGGCUUCUCCUUCUGCUAGGCUCUCUAGUGAUUGCUGUUCUAGCUCUGCUGUUCGUGCUUUGGUGUAACGUGACCAUCACAGACGGAACAAUAAAUGGAUUCCUAUUCUACACUAGUAUGUUUCAUGUUAGCGAGGAAUUGUUUUUGCAUCCUUUGCAUUGGUCUUCCUACCUAUCCAGCCUGGUGGCUUGGUUCAACUUGUAUAUAGGCAUGAGUGUGUGCUUUUAUAAUGGUUUUGAUGUUUUUGGACAAGUCAUCUUAAACUUGUUUGUUCCUCUAUUUGUUUGGACAGGAUUGGGACUAUUGAUUCUUAUUAGCUCAAAAUCCAGUCGGAUUACUCAAUUUGUUGGUAAGAAUGCUGUGAAAGUGCUGGCUACAAUUAUACUACUUUCCUACACCACAAUUCUUCAAGCUGAAGUAGCCGUGUUUUCCUGCUCAACGAUAUAUUAUCCUAACAAAACCAGUAAGCAACACUGGCUCCCUGAUGGCAAUGUAUUGUGUUGGCAAGGGAAGCACCUAGCUCUGGUGGUGAUUGGUGCUUUGUUUGGAAUAGCUACUGUUCUGUAUACUUUAAUGCUCCUCUUUAUUCAACCAUUGCAAAGAUAUUCUCAUGUGAGAGGACUGAGAUGGGUGGCUAAACUAAAGCCAUUUUUUGACGCUUACACUAGCCCACAUGUGAUUAAACAUCGCUAUCGAUUCUGGACUGGACUAUUACUCUUCAUUAGAAUGAUUAGUACUAUUUGGUUUGCUAUAACCUCCAAGAACAACGAGUACAAACACUAUGGGGUAGCAUUGACAGUAAUAUGCAUCCUAAUUUUGAGUAUAAUUGUUUUUCUUGGUGGAAUCUACAAUCAAUUGUGGUUGAAUAUUCUCAAUGCUUCGUUUUACACAAAUCUAACUAUUUUGUCAUUUUUCUCCUUCUAUUCGGCUACAAAACAACCUGAAUUUAGUGGACAAGGCAAUAAUACACAAAUUACUGCCACCUACACUUCACUAGUCAUAGCCUUUGUGACGUUCCUGUUCAUUCUCUCCUACCAUGUGUACAAGCGUCUGAAAGAGACCGGUCUGCUCGCUCGCUGUGUGGGAAGAAUCCAGGGGACUCAGUGUUGGAGAGCUGUCGACAAAGGCAGGAUACAAUACGUAAGGCUGCCCCAAGAAGACCCUCAGGAUCGAGAAAUGAACAAUGAUUUCAAUGGAGAGAGACAACUCGACGAGGAGUAUAACUGGGAGAGAGAGCUAGAUGUACAAGACAGAGAGCUCAAUUCUGAAGAUGAUCAUGUUCCAAGACCUGAUUCACGUGAAGAAAGCAGCGAUCCAAGAUCAAGUGGAGAAACCAACUAAAGUUACAUAUCGUGCACACACACUUGUAUCAAGCACGUACUGCAUUAGACAUAAGAAAUAGAAAGUACUGAAGUUUUACUAGUAUAUAUACAUUGCAUGCAUCAUUGUAAUGUGCAUACUGCAUAC